GCCGUGAGCCCAUCAGCUCCUUUGGCCAUCGGCCGACCUCUAAGAAGAGACGCAAGUCGCGGACGGCCUUCACCAACCAUCAGAUCUUUGAGCUGGAGAAGCGUUUCCUGUACCAGAAGUACUUGUCUCCGGCGGACCGGGACCAUAUCGCCCAGCAGCUGGGACUCAGCAACGCUCAGGUCAUUACCUGGUUUCAGAACAGACGGGCCAAGCUAAAGCGCGACCUGGAGGAGAUGAAGGCCGAUGUGGAGUCCCUGAAGAAGCUUCCGCCGCACACUCUGGAGAAGCUGGUCUCCAUGCCGGAGGUCGGAGGGGGAGAGGAGGACGAGGAAGCCGUAGGAAGAGGCUGCUCCCCGACUUCACAAGGACUUUACCCUCAAUCACCUCGGGGGUCCUCCAUGGAGCGUACCACUGACGAGUUCUCAGAGGAAGAGGAGAUAGAGGUGGAUGUCUAG